UAGUUCAAGAGUCCUGGAAUCUUUUCACAUCCACCAUGAACACCUCUCACCUCCUGGCCUUGCUGCUCCCAAAAUCUCCACAAGGUGAAAACAGAAGCAAACCCCUGGGCAUCUCGUACAACUUCUCUGACCAUUGCCAGGAUUCCGUGGACAUGAUGGUCUUCAUCAUCACUUCCUACAGCAUUGAGACUGUCGUGGGGGUCCUGGGUAACCUCUGCCUGAUGUGUGUGACUGUGAGGCAGAAGGAAAAAGCCAACGUGACCAACCUGCUUAUCGCCAACCUGGCCUUCUCUGACUUCCUCAUGUGCCUCCUCUGCCAGCCGCUGACCGUCGUCUACACCAUCAUGGACUACUGGAUCUUUGGAGAGACCCUCUGCAAGAUGUCGGCUUUCAUCCAGUGCAUGUCGGUGACGGUCUCCAUCCUCUCGCUUGUCCUCGUGGCCCUGGAGAGGCAUCAGCUCAUCAUCAACCCAACAGGCUGGAAGCCCAGCAUCUCACAGGCCUACCUGGGGAUUGUGCUCAUCUGGGUCAUUGCCUGUGUCCUCUCCCUGCCCUUCCUGGCCAACAGCAUCCUGGAGAAUGUCUUCCACAAGAACCACUCCAAGGCACUGGAGUUCCUGGCGGAUAAGGUGGUCUGUACCGAGUCCUGGCCACUGGCUCACCACCGCACCAUCUACACCACCUUCCUGCUCCUCUUCCAGUACUGCCUCCCACUGGGUUUCAUCCUGGUCUGUUAUGCACGCAUCUACCGGCGCCUGCAGAGGCAGGGGCGCGUGUUUCACAAGGGCACCUACAGCUUGCGAGCUGGGCACAUGAAGCAGGUCAAUGUGGUGCUGGUGGUGAUGGUGGUGGCCUUCGCCGUGCUCUGGCUGCCUCUGCAUGUGUUCAACAGCCUGGAAGACUGGCACCAUGAGGCCAUCCCCAUCUGCCAUGGGAACCUCAUCUUCUUGGUGUGCCACUUGCUUGCCAUGGCCUCCACCUGCAUCAACCCAUUCAUCUAUGGCUUUCUCAAUACCAACUUCAAGAAGGAGAUCAAGGCCCUGGUGCUGACUUGCCAGCAGAGGGCCCCCCUGGAGGAGUCGGAGCAUCUGCCCCUGUCCACAGUACAUACGGAAGUCUCCAAAGAGUCCCUGAGGCUAAGUGGCAGGUCCAAUCCCAUUUAA